GCGUGGCUAGACCAUGCAUUUAUUGAAUCAUAAUCCCAUCACUCGACUGUUGGUGUUGCUGGAAUACUAGCUAAAAAUAGAUGAAAAUGGAAUUCGUACUGAGAAGUCUAAAGAAACAGGGAGAUCAACAAAUAUGUUUAAAGGAACAAAAAUCGUAUAAUGUUGGCCGCAGACCAUACAAUGAUAUCGUAUUAGACGACAAAACAAUAUCCAGAAAACAUUGUACUUUCCAUCACAGCUCAAAUGGUUUAUUCAUCGAAGCAUUGAAAAGUUUAGCUGGCUCUCUUGUCAAUGGCGUAAGACUGACAGCAGGCCAAGUCUUACCUUUGAAUAACGGUGAUAUUAUUGAUAUAGGACAAAGCUAUAAGUAUCGAUUAGAAAUCAAGCCUAGAGAUCUCAGCACAAACGAAAAUCAAGAUUCACUCAUAAAAACAGAAGAUCAGGGUUCUUUGAGUGAUUUUGGACAUCAGAGUAUUGAUUUUAAUACAUCUUUUGAAGAUGAAAAACACGUGCUUAUUAGUCCUUUUCCACCUACUGCAAAUAUUAAACAGGAGCUAGAAACGGACUCUUCAAAUUUGGAUAUAUUACAACAAACGGAAAAUUUAUCGGCAAGUGGGUGUGGCUCUGAAAAAUCACAACGCUUGUCGGUAUCUGACCUCAGCGGAGUAACAGAAAGAAAGAAAUUCGAGCAUGCACUGCCAAAUCAGUCUCUACCUCCAUCCGAUGAAAAUUUCAACAUCAGUUGCCUGCAAGCAGGAACUUUUCCUCCACAAGGUCUUGAUUCUGAAACAGCCUUGCAAACCUACUUUGCAGAAGAUGAUAAUAAAUCGUCCCUUCUGCCUCUUUUGAAUCAAGAAAGUUCUAAAUUUUCCAUUCUUAAUGGAGCUACUUUUCCAAAUCUAGUUUUAGGGUUAGACGCAAACGAAAAUAUCCUACAAAAUGAGAUACAAAUCGAAAACCCAGAUAUUCCGAUGACCAAUGUGUCACUUUUCGGAAAUAAGACUCCAGAGAUUCUUUCUCCGCCUUUUUUUCCUGAUCACUUAGAGCUUAGUUCAAGAGUAAAAACUCCAGAUCUGGUUGAAGGAAUGCAAUUUGAGAUCGAGGAACCCGAUUUGAAAUCUUUCCUUUCUGUGACAUCUCAAAAUGAUUUCUCUAUAGACAGCUCAAGUUUCAAAAAUUGCUUAGAGAGAUCCGCAUCAGCUCUCAAUUUAGAAAAUGAGGUUAAGAAUGAAAAAUCUGAUCUGAAUGAGAGAAGUUUUCCUAUUCUCAAAGUUUGGAGUGAUCUAGUUGCUCUUCCUAAUCCACCUCAAGCUGAAUCUCAAAUGCCACUUCAAAUCGUUCCUCAAGGUCAGAAUUAUCAGAUGCAAAGUCUAGGUGCUCCUUUAAAUCAAAAUAAUUCUGGAAUCAGAAUAAAAGAAGGAGUACCCUUUGAAUAUCCCGAAGUUGAGAUUACUGAAGAAUAUCAAAGAUAUAGUAGACGGAAAGAGGGACAGACAAUUUCAGAUAAAUUUAUCAAACAAGAAAUUCCUAAUUUGACCGAUUCGAGUCAAAAUCAAUUAAGAUCGUCCAUAGAGCGAAAUAUUAUAGAUAUAUCAAUGCAAAAAGAAACAGAUUCUGCUCUUGAAUCAUCAGAAGUCGAAAUUAUGGGAGCAUAUUUAAGAGUGCAGAGAAAAGAACGGAACACUGACCAAAAUAACCUAGGCAUAACAAUUAAACAAGAUCCUGAUUCUAAUAAUGAAUUAUCUCAAGCUCAUCCAGAUACUCGACGGAUUCAAAAUCAAACACUUAAUGCAAGAAAUUCUCUUAAUCAUAACAAUCUGGAUAUGAUCAUUAAGCAGGAAAAAGAUCCUGUAAUUGAGCCUCCGCCACAAAAUCAGUCUCUUCCAGAUCAACCUACAAUAAAAGCAGAAAACCCUGAUUCUUCUAACGAUUCCUCAAUUCAAAAGCCUUCGGAAGCUCUUCUAGAGAAGGAAAUAAAGAAAGAAACUGAUUUCGAAUUUCCAGAAUCAAAACCAAUCAAAAAGGAAGCUAGUGAUAGUUCGAGUAGUUAUGAAUCUUCGGAUUCAGAUAGUUCUGACAGUUCUGAUAGUACUGAUAGUUCUGACAGUUCGGAUAGCAGCGAUAGUUCUGACAGUUCCAAUAAUUCUGAUAGUUCUGAUAGUAGCGAUACUUCAACAGGUUCUAAUACUUCUCAGAAUUCCUUUGAUUCCACUUCAACUCUAAAAGUCGAGCCAAGAAAUAAAAUAGAAACCAAUUCCGACGUGGCUGUGAAAGAAGAACCAGAAGUCAUCGAAGUACCUGACAGUUCAAUAAAGGAAAAUCUGAUUUCGACUUCUCUAGAAGCAAAUGAAUCUGAACGGAAUUUGACACUCUCACAAAUCUUAAAAAGUAGCAGUGAUCCUGAAGAAAUCGUUAAGCUACUAAUCCAGACUCUUGAGAGAGGAAAAGCGCCAGAAUUGAAUAAAGAAGAAAGACCGGAAUUGGAAAAGAAGAAUACGAGAGUUGAAAAGCAGCUCGACACUUCGAAGAACGCAGAGAGACUUUUGGUACCUUAUGGUCUCACUGAUAAAGAGGAAUCAGAUCCUGAAGCAGAAGAUGGAAAAGGAAUUAAAAGAGACAGUGUACAGAAUAAAAGGGAUAUGGAAAAAGAAAUAAAUAAAAAAAGGAAAAAAAUGGUUAAGAAUAAGAAGUAUUGGGAAAGCAAGCUAGAGAAAAAUAAUAAGAGAUUUAGGGAAAGAGAGAAAGAGAUAGAAAGACAUUAUAAGGAAAGAGAAAGAAGUAAAAACAGGCGAAGGAGAAGAGAGAGUUACUCAAGUGUCAAAAACUUCAAAAGAAUCAGGAGCCCUGAAAGAAGAGGUGAUUAUUCAACAAGAGGAACCUAUAAGAGAGGGGAUAGAUAUUCAGGCAAUGGCUACACAAAGAGAAAGGGCCCGGUAAGAAGGUCUGAUUCAGAGAAGGACAGUUAUAGAAGAAGAGACAAGUUUAAAAGAAGAGACAGAUUCAGAAGGAGUGACAGUGAUUCGGCCAAAAGAUACAAAAGAAGAUACAGCGAUUCAGAAAGUGAUACCUACAUAAGAAGAGACAAUUCAAAAAGAAAAGGCAGCUCAGAUAGAGAAAAUUACAAGUGGAAAAAAAGUCUUGAAAGAAAAGAAAAUCUCAAAAGAAAAGAGAGUACCAGAAGAACGGAAAAAGGGAAAAGAAUAGAAAGCUACUCAAGACUUUCGAGAAGAAAUCUAGAAACUCAUGACCGUGAAGAUAUACGGAGUUUUAGAAGAGAGGAUAAAAAGCUCACUCGAAACUAUCGAAGACGCCGUUCAACAUCUUCAGGGUGUUCUGAACCAAUUGGAAGACAUAUCAAAAGUCCUAGGAUUCAAAUCAAGCCAGCACAAGAAAAGACAAUCUUUGAUGACAGGGUGCUUCCCACCAUUGAUUAUUUCUUUCCGAAAUUUUCUGAAGAAAAAAAGAAACCAGAUAAUAAACUUGUUCCAAAAAGUGUGGGAUUUAAGAAAAAUAUAAAACCUGGGAAGAUAAAGAUUAAGUUGAAUCCUACGGAGUGUUUGAAAAGAAUAGCAAGGAAUGAAGCUGUAAUGAGUAGUGAGAAAUCUAGGGAUGGAAGUGUUCUAACGAGAGAAGUGAAAAAAGUAGAUAUGCCUUUACCAAUUCAGUCCGAAAAUCGUAAAUGGGUAAUAACUGUCGAGGAAUCUCUUAAAAUUCUACCUUCAGUUCAAGAAAGAAUUGUGCAGUCCCAGCAAACAACUGCUAAGAUCUCUUCACCAGGUACAUAUACUCCCUUAAACGUGGAUAUUGAUCUUCCUAACUCGAGCCUCGUUAACAGAAGUGAAGAAAUAUUAUCGGAACUUUUAUCUUCAAUGAGUGGAGAGGCAUUGAAAAAUUGUGGACAUCAACCUGGAGGAGAGCAAAUGGAUGAGAGUUUUAUGACUGCACUUCAAUAUCCGAGAAUGCAAGCUAUGGUCGUAGAAUCUCCGUUUUCAGCGAGUGCUCAGGAAUCGCUCGAGGAGCUUGAAAGUAUGGCCGUGAAUUCAGAACCUGAAAAGGGACUCUCUGGGGAUAUUAAUCAAGGAAAAUUGAUUCAAGAAACAGGGAUAUCUACUCCUGUGGAGAACCUCGAGUCUACUGAGAUGGCUGAUCAGUUACUGAUGAUCAUUUUUACCUGGGGUCCAGUAACCUUUCAGAGUAGCAAAAUAUGUAGUGGCUCACCAAUUCUCAAUAUUGGAAACAUCUCAAAAAUGAAACGAAGCUUUAAAGAUUACGUUGAAUACUACAAGGUCAUUUUUAAUCUCCUUUCUCUGGACUUAUCUUGUCAAAUUGACGAUGUGUACGCACACGGAGCGGGAAAUAGAAUAUUCAAAGAAUGCCAAGUACUUCCAGAUAUUAAGGCAAAAGUUCGGAUAAAGAAUACGCAAUUCUACUUGGUACCUUUUUUGAUAAAAUUAUGCUUUCCAAAUACUGAAGACUGCAUAACUCCUACCAUUGGAGAUCUGUUAGAAAUUGAUAUUUUUAAUGAUCAAGAACCAACUUCAAUGGUGUUUGGAUUCAUAAAGAAAAUCGUCAUGACAGAAAUCGCUGAUAAAUCUCCUAAGAAAUUUAUAACCUACAUGAUAACGAUAAAGGAAAUAGGUAUUAAUAUUUACGAGAGUCAAGUUAAGCAAGUGAGGGUAAUUUUGCAUUUGAGAUUUUUAAUGGAAAAAGUGAAUGCUGUUACGCAAUUGAGAGAAUCCCCUCUUCUUCCCGCCAUACUGAAACCAAGUUCAAAUAUUAUUUCGGAGAAAUCACGAAAACUCUUGAAAUGGGAGGAAUUAAUUUCUCGGGAACCGCUGGAUGAGCAGCAAUUAAGAGCAAUCACCAAAAUCACCGAAGCAGUCACGAGUCCAGAUCCUCGCAUUUGCAUUGUUGAGGGAUCACCUGGUACGGGAAAAACAAAUAUAAUUGUAAAUUCCCUUCUGGAAUUGCUCUGCAAACAGAAAUAUUAUAAAACGAACAAAAAGCUGAAGAUACUUGUUUGUGCAUCAUCGAAUGUUAUGUUCGAUCAGAUCAUUUUGAAACUCCAGUCUCUGAAUAUUACAAAUGAUGUAAUAAAAAUGGUUCGCGUUGAAGAUGAGGAAGAGGCGAGUAAAAGAACUGAAAAUAUGAGUUUAGAUUUUUUGGUCCGAAAACAUCUUGACGGAGAUCUAGAAAAGUAUUACGAUAGUGUGGGGCGAAAACCGUUGGAAGAUCAAGCUCUCUUUUACAGAGAAAAAACGAAAUGUCUCAGUCAAAAGUUUAACAAGGACGGAUGCAAUUAUGUGAGAUUACAGAUGUUAGCCCUCAAAAUUUAUUACGAGAUCGCGAAAAGUGGCAGAACGGUGAAACAGAUUUUACCACAAGAACGGAAAUUAUUGUAUAAAAAUGGAGAGGCAACGUAUCUGAAAGGAGCGAACCUAAUAUUUUGUAGUAUUCCGAACUUAACAUCUUAUUCCGCGAUGGAAGAAUUCAGAAGUGAAAACACAAUACCCGUCUGUUUUGUGGAUGAUGCUUCAGAGAUUUCGGAAAUAGAUACAUUGAAAAUCCUUCCAUUUGGAGUGAAAACUUUGGUUUUACUGGGGAACAGCCGAAAAACACCGAUGACCCACGAACUAUCAUAUAGACUUACCAGCCUCGGAUGGGGGUCUUCACUAUUUUUUCGAAUUUUAAGCAAUUUUUCACCGGGUCUCAGUUCACCAGUGGUGAAAUUAAAAACCCAGUACAGAAUCACUAAGGAGAUCGAACGUUGGUUCGUCCAGGCGAGGAUUUUUGGAAUGGAAACUUCAAAAAAUUCUGUUGAAUUAAGUGUUAAAUUUCCAUUGCAUGCCUUGAGAAUCUUCAAUCUGAUUCACACUGAAGACUUUGUUGAAAAUGAAGCCGUAUUUGCCUCGAGGAUCAUAAAGUGUAUUGCAUCUUUUGGAGAUUUGAGAAGGCUGGAAAGAAGAAUCUCAGUGGGAGUAAUUAUCUCGGAUAUUGCGGCGAAGGAACGUGUCGAGCAGGAAAUUGAAAAUAGGUUUGAAGAGAUUGUUCCAGGGAAAGCGAGAAUUUUGAAUAUAGAGACCAACACCAUUGAAGGUUUUUUAAACCUUGAGAAGGACAUAAUACUUGCAUCUUGUAUUCGAAACAAGCAUCUUGUAACUGGCGCAGGUUUUCAGCGCUUCUACUCAACCCUUACUAAAGCAAAACAUUGCCUGAUAAUCUACGGCCGGUUCGUAAAGAUUAACAAUUUCAAGAAAAUUUGUGACUGGAACAGUCUUGUUGACUACGUGAGAAAUGUCGUCAACGUCAGUGUGUAUAUUGAAUAUACGGAACUCAGGAGGGACCUCAUCAAAUAAUAUGAUACAGAUACAUAUAAUUAACUUAAAUUUUUAAAGAAAGACAAAACAGUAUCUAUAACUUUAAUCUUAAUAUUCCUGUAAAUAGAUAUUUUAAGUUCCUCGAACCCAAAGUGAUUUAUACAGUGAUUCUUUUGUUUGUACUUUCAAAGCAUGUUUUUUUGGACCUUGUUAGGAACUUAAAAAAAAAUCUACGUAGACUAUGGUUGUUUGUUUAUAUUUUGCUUUCUGUUGUGAAAGAUUUUAUAUCAUAUUUAUAUAUAAAGAUAAGAAGUUGUAGACUGAUAAAUGAAAUGAUAUGUAUUAUCAUCGAGUGCACUUUCAAAUAGAUUCUUCAGAAUUUACUUUCUGUGUCUA